AUGUCCACAAAAGUUAGAAUUUAGAAAAAAGGAUAAUAAUAUGUAGUUUCAUAAAAAGAGAACUAUACUCCAUUUUCAAAUUUAUCUCUAUGUCCAAAACCAAUUAUUGCUUUAGUUUAAUCCUCUUAUGAUCCAAAUUUAAUUGAAUAAACUCUCAAUCAACUGAAAACACCUUAACAAUUAAAACAUGAAUCUCACUUAAAUAGAAUGAAAUAAAUUGCUGAUAAAUAAGAAUAUUAUGUUCAUGGAUAAAUUAGUUCAAUUAGUCAAAUUGAAACUAUUGGAUAAUUUAGUGAUCAUUCAUUUUAUGAUCAAUUAGAAGCAAAUUAUACUAAAAAUUAAUAUGCUUACUUUGAUGAUUCCUAUCAAAUUUAUAAUUGA